GAUGCGUCUCUCCCAUACCUCAACUGAGUGCACGGCUCAGUCUGCAGCAGCAUAGGAUGUAAUCAAUCCCACAUGUUUCACCUUUGCGACUCGGGGAUUUUCACUUUGAAUAUUUUUCUACUUUCUCUUUCAUUCUACACUACUCACCCAGAAAUGGAUAUAACUCACCAGACAUGACGGGGACUCAGUUUCUACCCUGCAAAGCCAAAACUCCGCUCAAUGCGAGGGGAGCCCGAAGUUCAUAAAAGGGAUUAUUUUGCAUCUGGGUGCCUGAGACCUUCGGUGCCUCCGGAUUUUACUCUGGGAUUUGGGAUUUAUCGCUUCUGAAACCGGGAUGGAAAGCCGAGAUUUCGCUCCUCCGCACCACCUCCUGACGGAGCGGAGCGCGUUGGUUCACAGCGCCGCGUCUCGGAUGGCGCCAAGCGGACACGGCUCCGUGCAGCACCCCGCUCACUUCCAGCCCGGGAAGUACUUCUCAUCCCACCUCUCCAUGGCUCCGCACUCAGGUGCUUCCUUCAUGGGUUCCUUCCUGGCCAGCAGCCUGGGGUCCCCGCCCUCCCACCCUCCUCACCCCUCGGGACCCGCUGCCUCCCCAUCCUCCCCCUCCUACAGGGCUGGACCCCAUUCGAGGGCUUCCCCUAUCUGGUUUCCACAUUCACAUGAAGGGUACCCUGGCUAUUCAGGAAGUCUUGCUUCUCCUUUUCUCCCCAUGAGUCCCUUGGAUCACCACAGCAACAGUCUCUAUGGACAGCACCGCUUCUAUGAAACUCAAAAAGAUCACUUUUACCUGCGCGGCCUUCCUCCCCAGCCCCCUCUUCUCUCCACAAGUCACAGCCUUCCUACACUGUCAAGGGCUGCCCCAGGCCACCCACUUGGCUCCUGCAGCCGAGAGACAGACAAUGGGGGAGGAGGCGGGAAGAGCACCAAGGAUGUGGUUGACAAAGGAGCACCAACCAUGUCAAAAAUUAAGGAGCGAUCGAGCAGCAAGGAGCGGCAUCAGGAGAGCAAAGACAAACAACAUCAGCUCCACCAUCACCAUCUUCAUCAGACAAAUCCUGCCACCACUACAUCCGGCCACAGUCACCAAGCCUACUCUCACCCCCACCAUGCUCUCCUUCCUCACCUCACACCACAGGGCAGAGAAGAGGAGCACAGACAUUCUUUGGAGCGUCAUAAGGAUUACAGAGACAAUGACUCAGGCAAUCAGGAGACAAAACAUUUAAGUUCCUGCAAACUGUCCGGUGGUUCAGUUGCAGAGGCUGGUUCUGGAGGAAAAGGGGGAGCACUGAGCAGCUGUAGUGUUGGAGGAGUAGGGAGACCUCCUUCAGGAGGUGGCAGGCGGUGCUCCAAGGAUGGACCCAUAAAUGGGGAGAUGAGGAUCAGCGAAUCCUCAGCUUCUUCUAAUGAAUGUAUGAGAAGAGGUGCAGCGGCAGUUACAGCCAUUCUGGCACCUCCAUCAACACACUCUGUGCCGUCGUACUCCAUGCCUCCUCCUCCCCCUCCACCACCUCCUCCUCAUGCCUUGCACAUGGGCUCUACAGUCACAGGAGGGUGGCUACACCCUGCACAUCACCAUCCCCACCCUGACUUUUACUGUCCUCCAGCCCCUCUUUCACUAACGCCCUCAAAAGACCCACCACUUGGAGGGUCCAGCCGGGAGGCAAAAGUCAUCGGCCCAACUUAUGUACCUUCGGUGGGGCCACUGGGAGACCUGGCAGGAACUGACUGUCGUGGAGCAGGAGGAGGUGGGGGAAAGGUGGAUGACAAGAGUGGAGAAGGAUCUUACGAAAGUCCCUCAAGUCAUCUCAGCAGACUCAGUAGUUGCCAAAAGAAAGACAAAUCCCACACACAGCAGCAGCAGCAGCUGGGAUAUGGCAAAGCAGAUAAACCUCCUGACUGGAGCCAACAGAUGCAGAACCAACACAAAUCCAGCCUUAACCCCAUUUCAACCACAGAACUGCGGUCCUGCAGCCGGGACACAUCUUCAUCCUUCAGAGAUGUAGAGCCUGUGGAAGAUGUGUACCGGCCUUCACUUCCACUUGAUGCGCAAGGAGCACACACUGGUGCUGGACAGGGUACAGCCAAGAAUGGCCCAGACACAAGCACCCCUCCUUUCAGGGACUGUUCCCUAUCAGGUCCUCUUCCUGAUGGGAGGAUUGGGUCAGGGGGAUCAGCCCAAAGAGAGGGGCAGAAGGUAGCAAGGAUACGACAUCAGCAGCAUAGCAGUCACGGAGCAAGUACCGAGGAGAGGGGAAGAGAUGGAGGUCCACCAGCACCUACAUGGAUGUCUCAAGGCUACCAAGAGGAACAGAGGAAAAGCUCCCAUCAUGCAUCAGAUAGCGAUGAAGUAAGAAGUGUCAGCAACAGAUCUUCUGCUAGUGACCAUAACCAGCCUCAUUCUCAACCCCCUCCUCUUCAGUCCCGCUCCUCAUCGCUCACCACUGAGGGUGAGGGCAGUGCCAUGAAGAACCUAAUGAACUACAGCUCCCAGCAGCCUUUGCUUCUGCCACAGCGGGGCCCUUUUGGAGGCCUGGGCUGCCUCAAGCAGGGUGGAGAAAGAUCAGAGAAGGGGGAUAGAGGCGGGGCCAAAAGCAACACCUCCCAGCAAGAUCCUCCCAAACAGUCGCUCCCUCCUCGUCGAGGUUCAACUAAUGAAGGAGAAAGGGGUGACAGAGGUGGGAAGGAGGCAGGGGAGGCUGGCGAGGGGGAGGUGCGACAGCCUCCUGUGGGUAUUGCUGUUGCAGUAGCCAGGCCCCCUCAUCGUUCCCCAGACAACACCCCUGGACACAGCAGACAGGGCAGGGUGCUGCCCAGCAUGAAAGGGGUGUCCCGCCCUGUGUAUCCUCUUGGUCGUGAAGCAGAGGAGAGGAAGAGGAUGACAGAGGAGCAAAUCAGCCUUCAUCACCUGGACAGAGACAGAGAAAUGAUCAUCAGGGAAAAUAAGGAUCGUGUGGAGUUUGCCAGGAUUCACCCUUCUAGUAGUUGCCACGGUGACCUGACCUCUCACCUCUUGGUCCCUGGAGGUGCUAGUCAGUUGGGGGCGGAUCCAGCUGCACAUGCUCAUCCAGCUCACCACCACUGGAUGCAGAGGACAGGAAGUCCCUCUCUCUGGAUGGGGCAUUCAUAUGGUUUAAGCCAUGUGGGAAUGACCCCCGGCUUCCCUCCAGGCCUCCCCAGCCCUCUGCAGCCCGUCCUGGGGUCACUCACCCAAGACCCUAACUCCCCGCUGGUGGUUCUUCCUACAGAAGCCGGGCCUCAUCAUCCACUCGACGUUCUGGAGCAGUCAGGUCUGUGGCCCCCUGUAUACGGAGGCCGAAGCCCUUCUCACCUGCAGCAUCACCCUGUCUACUCUCGCUCCUCGUUCCUACGGCAACAGGAGCUGUAUGCCCUGCAGCAGCAGCAGCAGCAGCGAGCCAUGGAGCACAUGCAGCGGCACUCAAUAGGACAGAGAAAACAUGAUGAGCAUGCCAUCACCAUAGAAGACUCUCCUCAUGAAUCCUCCACAUCCAGAACUCCGUCCUCGUCUUCAUCCUCCACCUCCUCUCAUGUGGCCAAACCCUUCUCCCACACUCCUCCUCCACCAAAGACGACCACGCCAUCACCCGGGAUGUGUCCUAGCAGCCGUCAGUCACCUUGCUACCACUCCCCGUCCAGGAGAUCGCAUCCUCCGAACCCUCUUACGCCUGCACCGAGCCCGGCUGCUGCUGCCCCACGAUCUCCGGCGCUUAGCCCUGCUCCAUCACACCUGGCUAAGGGGCUUGAGAGGGGAAGUGAGAGAGGGGAGGGACAGCCACCUCAGGACUACCCACAAUCUCUAGAACCAGACCUGCCACCUGUUUACACCUAUCCUCAAAUCACCAUGGGUUACAAGGCUGGGCCCUCGCCUCCCGAGGCGCGGUUGGCUGAAGCCACAGUGGAGGCAGAGCCAGCAGAGCCUGACUCCAAGUCCCUCCCACAUCCGUACCACAUCCAGCCUCUCCCGAAAACAGACGAGAGGAGAAAGGAGCAGGAUGGGCGAGACUGUGAAGUGGUGGAAUCCCGGAGUGGAGUUUCAGAGGAAGAGAAGAAAGAAAGGACACAGGAAGGGAAAGGAUGCUCCUUCUCUGAGCCUCAGAGCGAGAUUUCUGGAUUGUCACAAUGCCCUUCCCCCACUGUGGUUCCAGAUUCGCCUGUCCUGGCCACAGGCACAGAAGCUCUCUGUCUAGGUUGCCCAGGCCAGCAGGCCGGCCUGGAGGAGCCUGGAGUGUCCACAGAGCAGGAGGAUGAUAGGAAGCAUGGAAAAGAGGACGAGGAGGAGGAAACGGGGUCUGAACCACCAGAAUGUAAAAUGUCUGUGCCUGUUGAGGAGGAGAAGAGGGAGGUGGAGGAGGAUGGAGAGAAUGUAGAGGUGGUUGACGAUGAUGACGAGGAGGGGGACAGCAGAGGGUUGAGUCCAGGAGACAUAGUGAAUCUGAUCUGUAACUCUCCUGCUCCUUCCCCAUCUUCCUCCAACCUCGCCCUCCCUCCCCCCUCCAGCUCAGUCGCUCAGCUCCAGGGCGCCUACAUGUGGAGCCUGGAGCUUCUGAUCGCUGCGUCUUUGUGCGCCACCAGAGAUGCCUUGUACCCACCUGCACCUGCUGCCCAGGCCCCGAGCCCUCCACCCCACCAUGGUAUGGAGAUACUGGGAGAACUGGCUGAGCUGGAGAUCCAGCAGAGGAGCAGGGAGGGGAAAGAGAAAGACACUGGGGGUGAAGACAUGCUGACAUUUGACCUCCACAGUCUGGCGACGCUGGCGGCCGCCCGCGCCCUGGAGAUGGGGGGAGGGGCCAUGGAUGUAGGGGCAGAGCGCCAGUGUCCAAUCAGGAAGAGGCUGAACCUGCGAAGGAAGUGCAGCUGGACACCUCGCCAUGAGCCGGUGUGCCCAGUGAAGGGCUCCAUGGAGACGAUGGGUGGGGAGGAGCUGGCCAUGCGUGUCCAGCUGGCUGAGCUACAGCGCCGCUACAAAGAGAAACAGAGGGAACUGGCCAAGCUACAGAGGAAACACGACCACCAGAAAGACGAGACGUCUCGCAGCCCUGCUCGCCGGGGGCCCGGCCGCCCCCGCAAACGCAAGUCCACCCCCGGCCCAGCUGCUGCGGAGAGCUCCAAAAGACUCCGGGCUGGACUAAAUUUACUGGAGGCAAAAGCCAGGAAGAAAAUGUCCAACCAUGGCUUCGGCAGCCUCAGUGCAGCACAGAUGAAAGCCCGCUGUAAGCACAGGGGUCGACCCAGCGCCCUGAGCUCCAGACUGGCCAGGCGGGUGACCCAGCUGAAGCAGAAAGCAGCGGCCCAGCGUGGUGCUCCAUCAGCAGGCGUGCUGCACUGCAGAGGGACCCCUGGUGUGGUGGAUGGAUCCAAGAGUUAUAGCAGACAAGGAAGUAAAGACCUGCAGCAGGAGUGGGAAGCCGGACCAACAGUAAAGAGGAAGAGGGGUCGAAAACCCAAAGUGUUGAUGGGUGUCAACCAAAACAGAGCUCACCAGAAGGACAGCCAGGCCUCAGAGAAACAGGAAGGGAGGGAAGAGAAGAGUGACAGCGUGAGCUCAGAGCAUGAGGUUGAAGAGGAGGAGGAGGACGCCAGCUACGACAGUGAAGAUGGAACCGGUGACAUCCAGAUUGGCUCAUCCUCUAAAGACGCUCCUGCAAACCCACCUGGGAUUGUGCCUUUUUCAUCACAGGCCUCCAAGCUCCAAGAGAACCAGAGAGCAAGGAGUAAGAGACCAGGUCCUCCCGGCAUGGGAAGCAAACCCACUCCAGAUCAAAGAAAAGCACCCAGAAGACCAGGCCUCUCCAGCAUAGAGAGGGGGCGUCCAGACCACCAGGGGACUAAAAAAGCAUUUCUACCCUGCUGGGGAGCCCCAUCAGUGGGCUGCAGCUUCGGGGAUGGCCGUAUGAACCACGUAGCUAUGUCAGAAGCCAACAGAGCCAACAAGGAAGCUGCGAGGAAGAGCUCAGUGGGACCAGGCAUUCUGGGAAAGGCAAAAGGCCACGCAGUGAGCCGGCUCUUGCAGAGCUUUGCUGCAAAUGACGGCUUUCGACUGGAUGAGGAGAGCAGCUUCUCUGAGGGCGAGGAAGAGGAGGAGGAGGAAGAGGAGGAGGCAAAGGAAAAAAUGUUAAUGCACCUCCCUCCCAACAUGCCUUGCAGAAUUCCAGCCCUGCCAAACUGUGUGCUGAGUAAAGAGAUGUUAGUGGAUGGGCUGAAGAUCCUGAUCUCCAAGGAGGACGAGCUGCUGUAUGCUGCCUGUGUCCAGACUCUGGAUCUGCCUGACAUAUUCAGUGUUGUAAUCGAAGGGGAACGCGGGAAUCGCCCUCGCAUCUACUCACUGGAACAACUACUACAAGAAGCAGUGCUGGAUGUGCGACCCCAGACUGAAGCAAUCUUGACCGAAGGGACUCGAGUGUGUGCCUACUGGAGUGAGCGCUCUAGAUGUUUAUACCCAGGAUAUGUCCAUCGAGGGGGUCCAGGGGAUGAGGACAAGGAGGGCAGUGUGAUGGUAGAGUUUGAUGAUGGAGACAGAGGACGGAUUUCCCUCUCAAACAUCAGACUUCUGCCUCCAGGAUAUCAAAUUCACUGCGCUGAACCCUCACCAGCACUUCUCAUCUCACCUGGCCGCCGUGGACGUCGGAGCUCCACCCAGGAGAAGAAAGAAACGCCUACUGAGAAACCAGCCAAUGGAGAUUCAGCAGGAAGACCCCAAGAGAAAAGACCAGUCGGCAGACCGAAGAAAAUCCACUCAGUGCCUAAGACUGUCAGCACAUCGACAUCAACAGACACUGUAACCAAAAGCAGCACUUCCUUAUUGAACUGGUCAGCGCCAAGAAAGAGGCCACCUGUUGACUUCUUCCUCUUCAAUGGGACAUCCCGGAAAACUCAGAGGAGAAUACGAGAGCGGGACUUAGGAUUCUUCCAUCGUCCUGCUUCCCAUCAUCUCGCGCCUCCCAUGCCUAUCAAAGGAAUCUUUGGCUCCCCUUUUGAAGGCGAUUCUUUCAGCAGCAUAGCCAACGGAUACUCGACAUUUGGAAGUCCUGGAGCAGGGCGACCUGUCCCGCCAGUGGCCUCUAUGGGGCUCAGGGACUCCCUGUCUUCUGGUUGCCCAUCAGCAGCUCCAAUGGCAGCUGGAAGCAGGAAGCCAGUGAGUGAACGAGACAGGAAACAGUUCCUGGUUAAGCUUGACCAUGAAGGCGUGACCUCUCCAAAAACAAAGAAUGGAAAAGCCCUUCUCCGGCUUGGUGGGAGUGGAGUAAGAGGGAGCAAGUAUCUCAACUCAGCAGGGGCACCAUUAAGAUACAUCCAGCCUGGCCUGCUGGCAAAGGAUGGGAAGAAGGGUGUAGCAGAGAGAGAAAACUCUGCCACUCGCUCUGAAGCUAUUCUGAGAAAGGAUCUCCUGUCAACAGGUAUCGGUGUCCAAAGUGGGGAUUAUAGUUUGGACUACCCAAGCGACUGCCCCAGUUCCUAUUCUGAGCUGGAUGAGGAUGACGAGGAUGAUGGCCAAGAUGCCGAAGCACGUAGACGAAAUGCACCAUCAACAUCCCAUCGUGGAGGCCGCUUUCUUUCUCGUCUCUCAGUCUGCUUCUCCUCAUCGUCCUCCUCUUCAUCCUCUUCCGGCUCCAUCUCCUCCUCAUCCAUUUGCUCAUCUGACAACGAUUCAUCCUACUCCUCCGAUGAAGAGUCCUCGUCUGUGCUGCUGCGCCGCGCUCUGCUCCAACAGGACAAACAUAAGCACAGACAGAACAUAACCUCCGACCACCUAAAUCCUGAUCCCACCACCUCCAACUCUUCUCCCUCCGCCAUAGCGCCACCUCAUGGCUUUGUGGCUAAAGCCAGCAUGGCUGUCUCAGCAUCCAAAGUAAGGGCUGACAGAGCCGAAGAAAGGAAGGAGUUCAUGUCAAAAGGAAGUAUGGUGGCUAACAGCAGCACAGCUAAGACCCAGCUGAAGAGGAAAGAAGGAAUUCCUAACAGCCACCAUCAGAAACAAAGCAGUCCUGUGAGCCAGCAGCCGAAACCUGCCUCCAAGGAGCCAGCAUCAGCUAAGAGGCAGCGGAUGUCUUCACCUGAGCCUCUCCCCAACAUCGCUCCCCAUCUGCCUGGACGACAGCUCUGGAGGUGGUCCGGUAACCCCACACAGAGGAGAGGUCUAAAGGGCAAAGCCCGCAAGCUUUUCUACAAGGCCAUCGUGCGGGGCAAGGAGACGGUGCGUGUCGGGGACUGUGCUGUGUUCCUGUCACCUGGGCGGCCCCAGCUGCCCUACGUGGGCAGAGUGGAGAGCCUGUGGGAGUCGUGGAGCUCCAGCAUGGUGGUCAGGGUCAAGUGGUUCUACCACCCUGAGGAGACUCGCCUCGGGAAGCGACACCGCGACGGAAAGAAUGCCUUGUAUCAGUCAAGCCAUGAGGAUGAGAACGACGUGCAGACCAUCUCCCAUCGCUGCCAGGUGGUCAGCAGAGUCGAGUAUGAUCACCUAAUGCGCGAACGUAAACCUGGCAACACGGCGAAUGAUCUUUUCUACCUGGCCGGAACCUACGAACCAACGACGGGCCAGCUGGUCAGCGCUGACGGCAUGGCCAUUGUGUCCUAGCACCUCUAGCUAGAGAGACAAAUCCAAAUAUUAACCUGACAUCUGAAGUCGACUGAUGGUCCACAAGAAGAGAUCAGGGGACAGAAGGAAACAAGACAAAGAGUUCGGGCUCUGUGUAUUGAUCUGUUCCUUUUGAGAGAAGGAGCUAGCCCCCUGGUUAAAGCCAGACAGUACUGGCACUUAAAGGAGUCUGGUGUAUCCUGGGAGAAAAAGUCUGAUCCAUGUCAGAUUUAGACUCUUUAUCAGAUGAGGCUCCCUGUCUACAGCGUGGAGUAUCUGUGACAAGAUACUGCAACUAAAGAACCAAGGACAGGAGCACUUUGGAGUACAGCCGCUUGGAUACGUGGCAGGAUGAAACUUUGGCAUGACUUACCCAGUACAGACUGGUGAGGAGGGACUUGAUGUAAACCACACUGGUUUGGAUGGUUCUUUUACUGGUAGUUUGAAGAAGCUUGGGAUUGGAGAUCCCCAACAGGACCAAAAAAAACACUGUAGUUCCAACUUUGUAAAUGCGUGAAUGCUUGUGUGUUUGCAGAUACAAUGACCCUCUUCAGCAUUUAUUGAGUAACCAGUGCUUUAGCGUGCGUGUGUUCAUGCACAGCUGCGUAGAUGACAUCACGACACGCCAUCGACAUGUGUAUUAAUCUGUCCAGUGCUUAACGUGCAGAAACACAAAUGGACUUAUUCUCCUGUAAAGCCAUACACGUCAAUACCUCUCGCUCUCGUAUCCUCGUAGGUGCGAAGACACAUGUACAAGAUUGUGAGUAUGAGCGCUGCGAGCAUGUUGGUCUGAAUGGGAAAGUCUGACUGGUGUGUGUGUACAGCAUUACCUGUAAUAUAACAUGGUGUAAAUAGUAUACAUAUAUAUUUGUUUUUUGUUGAUUUCUUUUGCAGAGUUUAUUUUAUUUAGAUUUUUUUAGAGUGGGUGGGUUUGGGUGCGUCUGACAGAGGGAGGGUUUGUUUUAUUCUCCCUUACUGCACUGAAAAGGAUCAGAAGAUUAAGGGUCAAACUGAUGUGAAGACUUAAAGCCGGCGUAAGGCCAAGGGUAGAUAUGUAGAAAGGAUGUUUUUAUAAGGAAAUCAGAAAAAGCUCUUUUUAAACAUGUCCAAACUCUUUUAUUUUCUCUUUAUUUUCUCUGUUAGGUUUGAAUGUGUGUCUCCUGUUGGGAGCAUUUUUUAACAAAAUACUGGAAAAGAAACUGAGUUUCUGCUGUUGUAUGAUCCUAAAAGAAUCUUUAUCUACUUUAGCCUGUAUUCCUAUAUGAAAUGUAGAUAUUUAUCUGGCAUCAAAAAUACCAAAGCACCUGUAAGUUUACGCUUCAUCACAUUAGAAGAAAACAAUUUUAUUAAAAAAAAAAAAGACUUCAUUCAAUCAAAUCUGAAUCCGGGACCCCUGCAAUCACUGAGGUAUUUUUAAGUCGAGUUUCUUCUCGUUGUGUGCUCGUGUUCAUCCGGCGUUGCUAUGACAGCCUCUGAGAAACGUUGCAGCAACAUUGUCUGCACACCGCCCAGCUGAUGCACUUGAGGUCUCCAUGGCAGCCAGAAUGGCAUCACGUGACUGUGAAGGACAAUCAGAGCCAAUCAAUGGGACAAUGUUGAGAGACAAAAACAAAAAGAUAAGGAUCAAAUCACAAAUUAUGCUUCUUGUCACUUUUAUUCCUGCUUUGCCAAAAAAACUGUCUCUGUGUGUUUUAUGUUUGCUUCUUUUUACCAUUGUCUGACUGUUUAUGCAAGCCUGUGACAACUGUUUGUUGUCAGUGUAUAGGAUGUACAGGGGGAAGAACAUAAAUGUCAUUUUUCUUUUUUUUAGGACUUUUAACAACCAUGUUGCUGUUACACUGCAAAGCAAAAGCUUUAAAAGGAAUCUAAUGUGAAACUCAACUUUAAGAUAUCACUUUAAUGGGUCUUUAAUGUUUUUUUAUUUCAAAGCUGUAUUUUCUUUAAGAAACACUGGAUUCAGUUCUAGACAUCACAUUUUGAAAGAAGCAACAUCAAUGUGUUUUUUAGACCCACUGGAAAUCUGCUUUGUAUGGUUGAGAUAGCCUACUAAAAUAUAUUAUGUAAUUUCAGUCACUCUUCUGGAAAUAUGACUUCCAUAUUUCCUCAUGUACAAAAGGAAAAAAUUAUUUAUCUUAAUUUUAUUGCCUUUUUGUGUUUCA